GGUUAAUAUCAUAAUAGCAGCAGCCCCAUCUCUCUCUUUUUCUCUCUCCACAUAUUACAAUACAGAUGAGAGAGAAGACUAGUGCAUAUCAUCCUGUUCUCUCAUUUGCAUGUCUCCUUGAGCAAAACAAUCUCCUGUCAAAGAAAUCACCAAGUUCCACAUUCCCUUGUGCUCUCCACUCCUCUUCUCAACACACAAAAUUCAAUUACAGCCGUCAUCCGCCCCUCCCCCCCUCCCCUUACUCUCUCUCUCUCUCUAUAUAUAUAUAUCUCACAGGACACCAUGGGAUUUGAGAAAGAAGUGUGCUCAUCCUCUCAUGUGCUCCAAAUUCCACGUCUAUCCAGAGAGGACACUCCACUCCUCUCCAAAUCCAAACACCUCUCCUCCCAAUCCAAAACCUUCGCAAACGUCUUCAUUGCUAUAGUUGGCUCAGGUGUCCUUGGCCUCCCCUACACCUUCAAGAGGACAGGUUGGGUCAUGGGUUCACUCAUCCUCAUCUCCGUUGCCUUCCUCACAUACCACUGCAUGAUGUUGCUCAUCCACACUCGUCGGCGACUCGAAUCCCUCCACGGCUUCGCCAAGACCAAGAUAUCCUCCUUCGGCGAUCUGGGUUUCGUUGUCUGUGGCCCCGUCGGCCGCUUCUCCGUUGACGCCAUGAUCGUCCUCUCCCAAGCCGGUUUUUGCAUCAGCUACCUCAUUUUCAUUGCCAAUACCUUAGCAUACCUUUUCAAUUACUCUUCAAUCAAUCUCAAUCCCACAAUAUUGGGUUUUUCACCAAAGUCAUUCUUCAUCUGGGGUUGUUUUCCAUUCCAAUUGGGAUUGAAUUCGAUUCCUUCGCUGACCCAUUUGGCCCCUCUGAGCAUUUUCGCCGAUGUAGUCGAUAUCGGAGCAAUGGGUGUGGUAAUGAUGGAAGAUGUGUUGAUUUUUCUGAAACAAAGGCCUGUUUUGCAAGCAUUUGGGGGGUUUUCAGUGUUCUUCUACGGUCUGGGUGUGGCGGUCUACGCAUUCGAAGGGAUUGGAAUGGUUUUGCCACUGGAAUCAGAGAUGAAAGACCGAAGCAAAUUUGGGAAAAUUCUGGGUUUGUCAAUGGCUUUCAUUUCCUUCAUGUACGGUGGUUUCGGAGUUCUGGGUUACUUUGCAUUCGGUGAAGAGACCAAAGACAUAAUCACAACCAAUUUUGGGCAAGGUUUAUUGAGCAGUCUGGUCCAGCUAGGUCUGUGUGUGAACCUGUUCUUCACUUUCCCAUUGAUGAUGAACCCUGUUCAUGAGGUGGUUGAGAGGAGGUUUUGCGAGGGCAAGUACUGUUUGUGGAUGAGAUGGGUUGUGGUUUUGGGGGUGAGUUUGGUGGCACUUUUGGUGCCCAAUUUUGCAGAUUUCUUGUCUCUGGUGGGGAGCAGUGUGUGUAUAGUUUUGGGUUUUGUGUUGCCUGCUUUGUUUCACUUGGUAGUGCACAAGGAUGAGUUGAGUAGGAAAAGGUUGGUGUUGGAUAUGGCAAUUGUGGUGUUAGGGUUGAUUUUUGGGAUAUCAGGAACAUGUUCUUCUCUACUGGAGAUUUUUGCAGCCAUGGAUUGACCAACUUUUUUUCUUUCUUAAUAAUUUUUAUUUGAAUUUUGAUAAAAUCGAUUUUUUGCACUGUUUAAAAUGAAAGAUCAAUAUGUUGGGCCAUGAUGUGUUUGCUCAAGGAGCACAAUUCAAAAUGGUCCAUAGCACAUACACCUUGAGCCUAGCAAUGCAAACCCAUUAGCCAGCACACUCCAAUAUGAAUCCUCAGUUGCACAGCAAAAAUCAAAGACAAUUUGCUCUCGAGC